GCGCUCUUUCCUUUUUGCAAUUCAAAAAACUUCUUUACAAGUGUCUCCUUCAAAACUUUUUGUUGUUGGCUGAGGGUUAAUACGAGCUAAGAGUUAAGAGACGAGGAAGGGGGUCAAAUGAACCAGGAGGUUUGAGGAGGAUACCCAUUCAGUUUUUCACUUCUUGUUGCCAAAGGGGGGUUCGUGCAAUAUUUGUAUCGGUCGUGUAUUAUUAUCCGACUGCCUUUUGAGUAAAGCAACGUCGUGUACGAUUGGUGAUUAUUUAUUCAUGAUUUUGGGAGUUUUGACGGAUCGCACAUCGUCUAAUAAAGUGGAAGCAUUAUCCGUAGUCUCAGACGAUCAGACGCUAUUUGAGAACACCUAUCGGGACGUGAAUAAAUCGAACACCAUCGUGUCUUCACCACAAAGCAGUAAUCACAUCCUUACAACACCCGUUCAUAAACCGAAGCUUUCAGUGGUUGCUUCACCCAGCAACGAGAGCCACAUCUGGAGCUCGUGCGUACAGGACCAAAGGAUGAAACAAGAGAUUGAACAACCUACCGCUGGCGCCCACGACGGGCUCCCGCCACCACAGGUCAGCCGAGGGGAACCCGAGUCCCCGUUGGAUUGUAGCGUAGCGAAACCCCGCCAGCAGCCACCGCCCCAUGGUGCACCACCUGGCGCCAUCAAUGCGGAGCCCACGCAGGCGGCACCACCAUACCCAUCGUGUCCGCCACAGCCGUAUCUUGGUAAUACAGGUUCCACACCUGAAGAGCGAUCAGCAUCAGCUGGUACCACUGGAAGGUCACCACCACCAAAUGUUACCACCAAUGAGAAAAGGGUCAUAGUCCCUGCAGAUCCUAAUAUGUGGACUGCAGAGCACGUGCAGCAAUGGGUCCAGUGGGCUGUCAGGGAGUACAGUCUUCAAGAUGUUCAGGUUGCAAGGUUUAACAUGGAUGGUAAACACCUCUGCAAGAUGACCAAAGAUGACUUCAGCAGACUCACCAAUAUUGUCAACGUAGAUGUCCUUAUUUCACAUCUCAACUUCCUCAAACAAACUCCACUGCCUAAUCUAACCUCAGAUGAUAUAGACAAAGCGCUGCAACCCAGCCCCAGGAAUCCGCCCUCCUCACAAGCAGGCUACACUCCAGGAGCAAAGAGUAAUUUGGAUGACAAAUACAACGCUGCAGAUCACCAAACCACACUGGACACGAAUCCAUCAGGUGGGUCAGCCUUUCCAUAUCCUACUUCCACCACUACCACUGUUGAUAGUGUACACCGCUUGCCUCGCACAGGUAAAUGAAAAAAAAUAUAGAAUUAUAGCACUACGGUACAUGGUAUAGCAUAAACUAUUGCCCGCUCUCUUUACAAGCAGGCCCUAUUAUUAAAUGGUCAGAUGCUGACAGUGCUGUAUGGCCUUGACAUUUGCGUCUUAAGGCGCCCUAUAUAAGGCCUACUUUUCCAAUGCCUUGGCCUUGGACUGUCAUUACUUGGCCUUGAGCAUGACUUGUCCUUGGCCUUAAUGAUUUGAAGCAUUGGCAUUUCAAAGUGUUUUCAGACCCAAGGCAUUUUGUAUUUUGUACAUUUUUUUGUUUUUACUUCAUAAUUUGAAACGUUAAUGUUAAAUAACAAAGAAUGUCAACAACAAUAGUAAUAGCAAGUGUACGAAUAGUGCCAAUUUUUUUUUUACUUCACCAUGUAUCACCAUUACUCUCAUCAUAUAUCAAAGACAACACAAAAUGAUUAAAUAAAUCGGUUUAAUAAUGAUGAUGAUAAUAAUUAUAUGAUAAUAACAAUAAUAA